GCAAAGCAAAUUGAAAACCUUCUGGAAAGUAUUCACUAUUCCAAAUGCCAUUAAGAACAUUGGUGAUUCAUGGGAAGAGAUUAAACUCUCAACAUGCACAGGAGUUUGGAAGAAGUUGGAUGACUUUGAGGGUUUCCAGACUUCAGUGGAGAAAACCACUGCAGAUGUGGUAGAAAUAGAAGUGGAGAGUGAAAUGUGACUGAAUUGUUGCAAUAUGAUGGUAAAACUUAAAUGAAUGAAAAGUUGCUUCUCAUGAAUGUGGAAAGAGAGUAGUUUCUUGAGAUAGAAUCUAUCCAUGGUAAUGAUGCUGUGGAGAUUAUUGAAAUGAAAGAAAGGAUUAGAAUACUAUAGAAACUCAGCUGAUAAAGCAGUAGAAGGGUUUGAGAGGACUGACCCCAAUAUUGAAAAAAGUUCUGCUGUGAGUUAAAUACUAUCAAAAUACAGCAUAGAAUGCUGCAAAGAAAUUGUUCAUGAAAAGAAGAGUCUAUCAAUGUGGCAGAUAACACUCUUGCCUUAUUUUAAGAAAUUGCCAUUCACCUCCCAACCUUUAGCAACGACUGCCCUGAUUAUUCAGCAGCCAUCCAGCAUGGAGGCAAGACUCUUCACCACCAAAAAGAUGGCAACUCACCAAAAGCUCAGUCAUGAUGGAAGUGAAAUCAGAUGGAUGUUGGUGAGUACCCCAUGGCAGCAGUUCGUUCGUUCAGAGUGAACUAUAACUUGGAAGCCUUCUUUAGAAUGAAGAGGAACAAUUUAUCUGUUGUGAAUAAGAUUGUCCAGUAUUCAUCAGCAGUGAAACAACCAAAAGUUGGGUUCUACUCUUCUCUCAACCACACCCAUUUGCCGGCUGUCCUUCUAGACUGGGGGAGUUUGCCUCACUAUGUAGUAUUACGCAUUUUUCAGUAUCUUCCUUUAAUAGAUCGGGCCUGGGCGUCUUCGGUAUGUAAGAAAUGGAAUGAAGUUUUUCAUAUUCCUGACCUCUGGAGGAAGUUUGAAUUUGAACUGAAUCAAUCAGCGACUUCAUAUUUUAAGUCUACCCAUCCGGAUCUCAUUCAGCAGAUCAUUAAAAAGCAUGCUACCCAUCUCCAAUAUGUCAGCUUUAAGGUUGAUAGUAGUACUGAAUCAGCAGAAGCUGCCUGCAAUAUACUUUCUCAGCUGGUAAAUUGUUCUAUCCAGACCUUGGGGUUGAUUUCAACGGCCAAGCCAAGUUUUAUGAAUGUGUCAAAGUCUCAUUUUGUGUCGGCACUUACAGUUGUCUUUGACAACUCAAAAUCAUUAUCAUCGAUCAAAAUUGAAGACACACCAGUGGAUGAUCCUUCAUUAAAGAUUCUCGUGGCCAAUAAUAGUGAUACUCUAAGACUCCUAAAAAUGAGUAGCUGUCCUCAUGUUUCCUCUGAUGGAAUCCUUUGUGUAGCUGAUCGUUGUCAAGGCCUUAGAGAACUGGCAUUGAAUUAUUACAUUCUCAGUGAUGAACUUCUCCUAGCACUUUCGAGUGAAACUCAUGUUAACCUAGAGCAUCUUCGAAUUGAUGUUGUGAGUGAAAAUCCUGGACAAAUUGAAUUUCAUUCUAUUAAAAAACAAAGUUGGGAUGCGCUUAUUAAACACUCCCCUGGUGUUAAUGUUGUUAUGUAUUUCUUUUUAUACGAAGAAGAAUUUGAGGCAUUCUUCAAAGAAGAGACCCCUGUUACUCACCUUUAUUUUGGUCGUUCAGUGAGCAAAGCGGUUCUAGGACGGAUAGGUCUUAACUGUCCACGACUAGUUGAGUUAGUGGUAUGUGCUAAUAAUGGUCUUCAGACUCUCGAUACUCAACUUAUUUGUAUUGCUGAACACUGUAAAAAUUUAACAGCCUUGGGCCUCAGUGAGUGUGAAGUCAGCUGCAGUGCAUUCAUUGAAUUUGUAAGACUGUGUGGGAAAAGACUAACGCAGCUCUCUGUAAUGGAAGAGGUUUUGAUCCCUGAUGAUGAGUAUAGCCUUGAUAAAAUUCACACAGAAGUGUCCAAAUACCUGGGAAGAAUAUGGUUCCCUGAUGUUCUGCCUGUCUGGUAAUUGGCUACUAAAGUUUCUUAAUUUUUUUUAAAUUGUUAAAGAUUAGCUUCUUUCUUUCUAUGCAAAUAUACAUUUUAAGAUACAUUGCUGAAAUAUUUUAGGGUAAGGUAUCAUUUGCAAACUAUCUUCAUCAAUUGCAGCAGAAACAUAUGAGAAAAUGUAAGAGAUUUAAAAAGCCAGAAAUUUCUAUAAACAGGGUGUGGACCCUAUAUUGGGGAAUAGGUAGUUGAUAGGCUAAAAACUAUACAUGAUUUGUAGAUGAGUCCUUCAGCCUUCAUUGAAGGCAUAUUUUAGCUUGCUAAAUAAAUUUAUAAUAUUGAGCUUUGGAUCCCUAAAUAUGACAUUUAUAGCUUUAUACUGCUUUAACUGCUCCUCUUUCAUCUUGCUAUUCAUAUAUUUUACAAGAUAUGUAGUAUUAAAAUCAGACCCAGGGGCUGACUUACUUGUACUUAAUUUUUAGCACAAUAUAAGACCAUAUUAUAACUCAAUAAACAAUUUCUAAUACA